AUGACUUUCUCGUGGAUUUUAUACCUGUCUGCUCUCUCCACCGCCGCUUAUGCGAGUCCAUUAAACUCUUUUGAGUACGACUAUAUUAUUGUGGGUGGUGGCACGGCUGGCUGCGUGCUUGCCAAUCGCUUGUCAGCAAAUCCAUCCAUCUCAGUAGCUUUAGUCGAAGCCGGCCCCACUGUCUUCAAUGACUCUCGAGUUCUUGUUCCCAGUCCUGCUGGACCCACAUGGGGCACUGAACUCGACUGGAACUAUACUACCGUACCACAAGUAUAUGCCAACAAUUCGAUACUGCAGUAUCACGCUGGUAGAGAUGUUGGAGGCACAAGCACUAUCAACGGUAACAAUACUGGACUUGCCUUGUUUCCCAUCGAGAAAGACACUGUCUUGCAAAUCAGACAGGACUCUGCUAGGUCUUAUUACUUGCCUGUGAUGGGCCGACCAAAUCUGCACGCCUUCACCAACACCACUGCGCUCAACAUCAACUUGGAUGGUGGUAGAAGUCAUCAUGGACCCCAAGGUCCGAUUGUAGCCAAAGGCGUCAAUGUGAUCUUGCCCUCUGGAAAGAAGCAGUCCUUGCGCUCCAAACAGGAGGUCAUCCUUUCGGCUGGGACGUACAGGACUCCUGGUCUUCUUGAACGUUCUGGCAUUGGCAAUCCAUCUAUCCUACGCAACCUCUCAAUCACCCCCAAAGUCGAUCUUCCGGGCGUCGGAGCCCACCUCCAAGAUCAAUGGCUCGUAGGUGCCAUCUACAAUCCUAGCUUCACACUAGAGUCUCUAACUCCAUCCUACAACGCCAAACCCAUGACUGGCACUUUGACAGCCGCUGACCUCUUUGGCGAUGAACUCGACACUGUUGCUGCGCAACUGUACAAAGACAUUCCUUCCUAUGCACGCACGCUCUCAGAAGCUAGCAAUGGUGCCAUCUCUAUCCAAGCACAGGAGCAAAUCCUUCUUACUAGAGCGAACUUGUUCUUCAAGAAAAACAUAGCAAUCGGACAAUAUACGUUCCAGGUCUAUGGGGGCAACUGUUGGGUCACUUUACCUCUGUCAACAGGAAACGUGCAUGUAAGCUUUUACUUUGCUUCUUCUCUCACUAUGGCGUUCCAAGAGCUAACAUUUUACUUUUUUUUUUCCAGNUCGUCCUCCGAUCCCGCAAAACCACUCCUGAACCCCAAUUUCAUGCAACUACCUUGGGAUACUCUGGUCAUGCAACGCCUCUUCCUCGUGCUGCGCCGCAUCCUCUCUUCUCCCUCUGUACAGCACGCCCUCGGCCCCAACGCCACCACCGAACUCUCCCCUGGUUACUCUCUCGUACCUGCCAAUGCCUCGCUGCCCCGAUGGACUUCAUUCUUCCAAUCUGCACUUACGCCCGUUUGGCAUGCGGUGGGAUCUGCAGGUAUGAGAAGACGCGAUUGGGGUGGUGUAGUGGAUCCGCAAUUCAGAGUUUAUGGAACAAAGGGGUUGAGGGUUGUGGAUGCGAGUGUAAUUCCACUGGAGGUCAAUGGGAACCCGACGAGUACUAUAUAUGCUCUGGCGGAGAAAGCUGCGGAGGACAUUUUGGCUGAUUGCGAGUAA